AUGUCGUCUCUUACUUCUGGACAGGUCCUGGCGGGAGCAAAAUGGAACUAUCGGCUCAUUGAUGCUCUGGAGGGAGAUGGCACGCACCAAUCUGUAGCUUUCAAAGCCAAAGUCAUACCAAAAUAUGGUGUUCUUGAUGCUCCUCAGUGGGCUUUCAUCAAAACCGCUGCCCCGAAUGAUCCACACGCUAGAGAGAAUCUGAAACGUGAACAUGAGAACUACCUCCUUCCUAGCAUCGCAUCGGGCGCAUGCUUCCGGAAGAUGUACGACGCGAUCGGCGAUCCCAGUGAUGGUGGUGGCAUAUCGUAUGCUGCUUUCGAAUGGCUGGACACCACACUGGCUGGCGUGGAAUACCGGCCUGGCAAGUUAUUUCAGUCUGGUUCUCGUUGCUCAGCCCAACCAUACGCCAUGCGUGCCCCUGAAGUCUGGCAAGGCCAGCCCUGCACUGAACCCUCGCAGGUCUGGGCACUUGCUGCAAUGUUGCUAUGCUGGAUGAAGCCUGGGAUUUUGGGUACCUGGGGCUGUCCAUCACCCAUGAUUCCUCUGGAGAAAGCUGUUGAAAGCACAGAGUAG